AUGACGAGGAAGUGUGGAGGGCGCUGGUGGCGGGGGCGAAGGAGAGUCGGGACGGCAGUGACGGCGAGCUGGAGAGAGUGGCAGGUGGCAAUCGGGCACGAACCAGCAAACCUUAACCCUACCAACUUCAACUUAUUCAACCAUACGAAUGGCGCGACUGGGACCUACUGCCAGCUGAGGGCAUCCUUCCUCAGGAUGUUAGAGGUACCGAAGCAGCUCCAGGCGUGCAAGAUAGCCUUAUCUGUACCAGGGAACAUUACCUCCGCACCAGCACCGCUACUGUGCAAGGACUUGAGCUAUCUGACGGUGCCGAUGUAUCACCCGGCGUUGUUCGAUGUGUUCACGGCUUGCAGGCUCCUAGUCUGGAGUGCCUAUCAUUCUUUUUUCUCAGCGCCAGUGCGGAGGUUGCGCGAGCUGCUGUUGGGACAAGGGCAAUACGACGAGGACGAACUCCUACACCUCAUCCGCCCAAUGCAGAGCCUUGAGGUCCUGGAUCUCAAGUUUGUGAGGUGUGCCAAUCUCGCACUUCAAUGCAUAGAAACGGAAUCAUCAACUCAGUCGCCUCUCCUCCCAAACCUCAUAGAACUCGGGUUAUUCCUGGUGCAUCCGAUGAAAGAGGAACGGAGUGCCUUGGUGUCUGUCCUCCAGUCUCGCGGGUAUCCUGGGCAUGGCGCGAAAGUCGCUCAGCUCGAGUGCCUUGGCCUUUUCAGAGGUGAAUCCAUGCUGGUUGACGGACUCUGUAACUUCGAAGGAUAG